AUGAGAUACUUUGAAAAUGUUAAAUAUUGGCAAGAGAAUGGACCAAUCUUUUUUUUCUUGGGAGGAGAAGGCAUAUCGACACCUAUGUGGACUAAAUCAGGUGUAAUGCAUGAUCUGGCACAAGAAACAAAAGGAGCAAUGUAUGUAACAGAACAUAGAUAUUAUGGAAAAAGUAUACCUAAAAACGUGACAAAAGGAAAUAAAUUCAAAUAUUUAAGUUCAAGACAAGCGCUUGCUGAUUUAGCAAAGUUAAUAGAGUUUUUAAAAUUGCUACCCAUGUAUAAAAAUUCUAAAGUAGUUGUAAUUGGAGGAUCAUAUGCAGGUAACUUAGCUGCAUGGAUGAAAGUUUUAUAUCCGCAUUUAGUCGACGCGGCGAUAGCAAGCAGCGCACCGGUCUUAGCAAAGAAAGAUUUCUUUGAAUAUCUUGAAAAAGUUACUGACGAUUAUGAAUCUUACGGAACUGCCGGAUGCUCAGACAAGAUAAAAAAUAUUUUCGACAGACUUUAUAAACUUUUGCAGAGCUCUGACGGUAUAAAACAGUUAAAAAUAGAAGAAAAUAUUUGCGACUCAUGUGAUAUGAGUGUAAGUGAAAAUCAAGAACUUUUCUUUGAAUUUAAAGCAAGUGAAUUUAUGGACAAUGCUCAAUAUGGAUCAACAUACUCUAUUAAGGAGGAUUGUGAUACAUUAAAUGACGUAAAUUUUGAUACUAAAUCUUUAACAGACUACUAUAUUUACCCAUACAUAUACUCAGAGAAGCAAGAUUGUUAUGAUUUUGACUUUAAAAAUGUGAUCCAAAAUAUGAAACGUACUGAUUAUUUUUCUUUGCCGUGGAUAUAUCAAACAUGUACUGAAUUCGGAUAUUUUCAAACAACGAUUCAAAGGCACAGAUCUUUAAAAACAUCCCAUUAG